AUGGUCCGUGCUAUGAACAUCACCUUCGAGCGCGUGUAUAUUAUCCUAAGACGACGAGCAGAGUUCGCAGAUGCGUCCGCCAAGUUGGACAGGAUUAUAGCGGCACACGCGAGGCCGGCCUCUGGAGCAGAAGCAUGUUCAGGCGAAGUAGUCCAAGAAGUCCGACACGUAACAGAGAUCAUCAAGCAGCUCUCGGCAGCUGUCAAGCCUUUGGCCGGCGAACAUAAUGGGCAGCAGUCAGCAGCUGGACCGCCAGCAGCACGACUUCCUCGGCAGACCACUAGGCCGAGCCCGGAUCACCGACCACUACAUGCACUGUGGCGACAGUUUCUGCAAGACAAGCGGGUUGAGAAGUGUCUGAAGAGUAUCUCCGAGACUGAUUGCCCACUCGCGAACCUAGAAAGUUUGGAGGAAGCUCUGAAGACCGUGAUGCAGGAGCCAAACAAUGUCAUUCAGCUUGGUAACAUGCUGUUGAAUGAGGUCAAAGGCGACAAGAUAACACAAAACGAUGCCACGACGUUCUUCAGGCGAGUGGCCAGCUUCGAUGCCGAUUGGCUUGACAUCAAAGACGAUGACCUUAUGAUCUGCUGGGAAUCGAUCCAUCGAAGCGAAGAACGGCCAUGGCUGAAGAACUUGAAUGCGACUGCGACCCGCAAGUUCGAUGAUGUGAUGUGA